AUGCCUGCUCUUGCAGAUGGGGCCAUCUUGGCUUGCAGGUUGCCAGAAGGCGGGGCUUCACUGGGCUUGAAGCAGCCUUCAGUUUGCUGGCUUCUUUGGCCUUGUAGGGAGGUCACGCUUAUUUGGAGCCAUGCCGAUUCCAAGUUUCACAGCCAUCCAUCUCUGCGCUUGCGUUAUUUGCAGUUGCAAGCUCGUAGCUUGAGCCACGUGGUUGUUCCUUGCAAAGUGAGCUGCCGUUUCAGAUGGGGCCAUCUUGGCUUGCAAGUUGCUAGGAGGUCAGGCUUCGCUGGAGCAGCGAUCAAACAGCCCAUGAAGAAACCCUAG